AACAAAGUCAUGGCCAAUGGCCGCGUUCUAACCUAAAUUUCUGUUGUAUAAACUGUCAUUCUCGUUUGUUGCAAUUCCCUGUCUACGGUUGCAAUGCAACCACUAAGCUAUAUUUUAUAUUGAUUAAACUUUUUAACUAAUUGUGUGUUAAAUGUAAGGAGUACACAGUAGAUAGGGGUGAUAUAGAAAAAAUGUUCAAGAACACUUUUCAGUCCGGUUUCCUGUCAAUUCUUUACAGCAUAGGCAGCAAACCAUUACAAAUUUGGGACAAAAAGGUUCGAAAUGGGCACAUAAAAAGGAUAACGGACAACGAUAUACAAAGUCUAGUGCUUGAAAUUGUCGGAACUAAUGUUAGCACGACGUACAUUACUUGUCCUGCGGAUCCGAAAAAGACGCUCGGUAUUAAGUUGCCUUUUUUGGUAAUGAUUAUUAAAAACCUGAAAAAGUACUUCACAUUCGAGGUUCAGGUUCUAGAUGACAAAAAUGUUCGAAGGAGGUUUCGAGCUAGUAAUUACCAAUCAACGACUCGGGUUAAACCUUUCAUAUGUACAAUGCCCAUGCGUUUAGAUGAAGGCUGGAAUCAAAUUCAGUUUAACCUGGCUGACUUUACUCGUCGAGCUUAUGGCACAAAUUAUGUUGAAACUUUGAGGGUACAAAUACAUGCAAACUGUCGGAUAAGAAGAGUUUACUUCUCUGAUAGAUUGUAUUCAGAAGAUGAGUUACCUGCAGAGUUCAAACUAUUCUUGCCUAUCCAGAAUAAAACAAAAACUGCAGUUGCUACAUAAAAUAAUAUGUUUUGUCAUUUAUAUAGUAAAUGUAAUGUUUAAGUCUAUGCCACGUUUUUCAUGUUCAGCAUUUCUAUACACCCCUACUUAAUUGUAUUUACUGUACUAAUAAAUGUGCAC